AUGCGGCCGCAGCUGUAUCGUGCGGCCGCCCGGCUCAUCCGGGUCCCAAAGGUCAACCAUCUCAGGACCUUCGCAACGACGUUCCCUCGCUCUGCCGAGGUGGAACUCACUAUCGAUGGAAAGAAAGUUUCGGUAGAAGCUGGCUCGGCUCUCAUCCAAGCUUGUGAAAAGGCAGGUGCGACAGUACCCAGAUAUUGUUACCACGAGAAGCUUUUGAUUGCAGGUAACUGCCGUAUGUGUCUCGUCGAAGUCGAACGGGCCCCUAAGCCUGUGGCAUCAUGUGCUUGGCCUGUGCAGCCUGGCAUGAACGUCAAAACCAAUUCGCCACUGGUGCAUAAAGCUAGGGAAGGAGUGAUGGAGUUUCUUCUUGCCAACCAUCCCCUGGAUUGCCCAAUUUGCGAUCAAGGUGGAGAGUGUGAUCUCCAGGACCAAUCUAUGCGGUAUGGUGCUGACCGUGGACGUUUCCACGAGGUCGGAGGCAAGCGUGCUGUCGAAGACAAGAAUAUUGGGCCUCUUGUCAAAACCUCUAUGAAUCGCUGUAUUCACUGUACGCGUUGUGUUCGAUUUAUGAAUGAUGUUGCCGGAGCCCCCGAACUCGGCACCACCGGCAGAGGAAACGACAUGCAAAUCGGUACAUACUUGGAGAAGAACCUCGACUCCGAGCUUUCUGGCAAUAUCAUCGAUCUUUGUCCAGUUGGAGCUCUUACCUCCAAACCUUACGCUUUUCGUGCUCGCCCCUGGGAAUUGAAGCACACUGAGUCUAUUGACGUGCAUGACGCUUUGGGGUCGAACAUAAGAAUAGACACCAGAGGCAUGGAGGUGAUGCGGAUACUUCCGAGGCUGAACGAUGAUAUCAACGAGGAAUGGAUCAACGACAAAUCUCGGUUUGCUUGUGAUGGCCUUAAGACUCAAAGACUCACAACGCCCCUAAUUCGUCGGGAAGGGAAAUUUGUUCCCGCGACUUGGGAGCAAGCUUUGUCCGAGAUUUCAUCAGCCCAUCAGCGACUUCAUGUGACGGAAAAUGAGUUCAAGGCUGUUGCCGGGCACCUUGUCGAUGCCGAAACCUUAGUGGCCAUGAAGGAUCUGGCCAAUAAGCUUGGGUCCGACAACCUUGCUUUGGAUCAGCCAGGUGGCAGUUCCCCGGUUGCGCACGGUGUUGAUGUUCGCUCCAACUAUCUUUUCAACUCCAAGAUCUAUGGAAUUGAGGAGGCCGAUGCAAUUCUUUUGGUCGCCACGAACCCUCGCCAUGAAGCUUCCGUUCUCAAUGCGCGUAUUCGCAAGCAAUAUCUUCGCUCAGAUCUUGAAAUUGGGCUUGUUGGCGAGGAAUACGAAAGUACUUUCGAAUUCGAGCACCUUGGGGCAGACGUUUCCGCUUUGAAAGCUGCUCUUUCUGGAAAAUUCGGAGAGAAGCUUUCUAUGGCCAAAAGACCUAUGAUUAUCGUUGGCAGUGCUGCGGCCGAACACCCGGAUGCCAAAGUGAUUUUCGAGUCCAUUGGCAAUUUCGUAGAGAAACACGCUAACAACUUCAUUACUUCGGAAUGGCAAGGAUACAACGUUCUCCAACGCGCAGCAUCCCGUGCAGCUGCCUAUGAAGUGGGCUUCACUACGCCAUCUCUAGAAAUUACCCAGAGCAAGCCCAAGAUGGUUUGGCUUCUUGGUGCUGAUGAAGUUGCCCAGAGCGAAAUCCCUAGUGACGCCUUUGUCAUUUACCAAGGGCAUCAUGGUGAUAGGGGCGCUCAGCUUGCAGAUGUUGUUCUACCCGGCGCAGCGUACACUGAGAAGUCAGGGACCUACAUCAACACAGAGGGUCGUGUCCAAGUUACUCGAGCUGCAACUUCUUUGCCUGGGGCUGCCCGCGAUGACUGGAAGAUCAUACGUGCUGCCAGUGAAUUCCUUAACAUACCUCUUCCUUACGAUGAUAUUGAGGCCCUGCGCGACCGUAUGGAAGAGAUCAGCCCUGUCAUGCGCCGAUAUGACGUGGUUGAACCUACAUCGUUGAGCUCAUUGAGCAAGGUCCAACUAGUUGAUCAGAACAAGGGCACUCAAUCCACUAAUACGCCUUUCAAGAAAGUCAUCAAUGAUUUCUAUUUUACUGACUCAAUUUCCCGGAGUUCCCCGACUAUGGCUCGCUGCUCUGCCGCUAAGGCUACCGGAAAUCCGGAGACAAACUUCAUGGCUGCUGGGGAGAUGUCCUCAAAGGCUUUGUACGGCUAGAUGUCAGGUUUCUCACUAUUACUCCGAUUUCUACUUAUUGUCUGGUGGUCUAGGCGUUGUCGUUGUAACACCUAAACAACUUGUUUCCUUAUUGCUUUUGCCCUAGUCCAAUGUUAUUAUAGUUGAGUACUGUGCUUUCGUUUCGCGUUGUCUUGAAGCUCCCAAUCACGCCAAGAUAAGUCUCAAACCACACCAGCAGUGGUCAAGUUGUACAUAAGAAAAUCUGAAUGAUAGCUGGAGGUACGGCAAGCCCGGAAUAUUCUUAUCUCAACGCUGGGAUAUUGUCUGUCAAAUGUGUGUCUACAUUGCACAAUAAUUAGUUAAGAUCUGC